GAAAGGCUGUUACCAGGUCACCUCAGAGCCUUCACUUCUGCAGGCCGAACAGCCCCAGCUCUCUCUGCCUGUCCUUGUAGGAGAGGUGUUCAAUCCCUUAGUUCACCUUUUUUGUGGCCAUCCUCUGGAUGUGCUCCAACAGGUCCAUGUCUCUUCUGCACUGAGGACUCUACAUCUGGAUGCAGUACUCCAGGUGGGGCCUCUUCAGCACAGAGCAGAAGGGCAGGAUCACCUUCCUUCACCUGCUGACCACGCUUCUUUUGAUGCAGACCAGGAUAUGGCUGGUUUUCUGGGCUGGGAGGGCACACUGCUGGCUCAUGUCCAGCUUGCCAUCCAGCAGUACCUCCAGGUCUUUUGGGACAGGCCUAUGCUCAGUCUUUUCAUCCCCCAGCAUGUAUUGGUAGUGGGGGGGUUCUCUUGUCCCACAUACAGGACACUGCACCUGGAUUUGGUGAACCUGAUGGGGUUCACCUGUGCCUGCUGCUUGAGCCUGUCCAGGUCCCUCUGUUUGGUGUCCCGUCCCUCUGGUGUGUCUGCCCACAGCUUGGUGUCAUCAGCAAAUUUUCUGAGGGUGCACUCGACCCCACUGAUGAUGUUGCUGAUGAAGAUAUUGAAGAGUGUCAGCCUCAGCAUGGACCCCUGUGGGACAACACUCAUCACCAAUUGCCAUCCAGACAUGGAGCCAUUGACUGCCGCUCUCUGGACUCAGUCCUGCAGCCGAUCUUUGUCCAUUCAACAGUCCACCCACCGAAUCCGUAUCUUUCCCAGCUUCCCAAAACAGCUUCCUAAAACUCAAUCCAAUCAAAAUUCUGUGCUGUCUAGUAACAAGGACUUCCAUCAGACUGAGAGCUCAGGCUUUACAGGCCAGUGGUGGAGCCAAGAGGGAGGCCUCUGGAUUUUCAGAAAGGACCGAGAAUCAGUUUUGAGUUGUGCUGUGGAACAGAAUGUACAGCUGGAUCUAGAACAGUUGCCAAAGAGGUGUCCAUGGGCAAAUGGUGCUGGAUUUCCCAGGUGGAGAUCAUGAAGUUCCUUGCCUCCUUGCAAAGUGUUCUCAUAUUAUUCUUAUACAGCGUUGUAUGUUACUGCUGUACUAAGAUUUUUACUACAAAUCCAUUAUCUGUUUCCCAAAGGUAAUGGUGAUGCUGAGAAGCAUGCCUCAUGAUGACUUACACAUCCUUCAUGCUUCAUAUUAAUUCUUCCUUUGGGUCAAAAGUAGACUGAAAUUCUUGAAACCUUGCCUGGGAGUCCUGCUGUUGCUAAAAUGGUUCAGCCGUGGUGCCUGUGGUCAGAAUACCUUGUGGCAGACCCUGGCACUGCCUGUGAAUGAAAGAACUGAUGACAAAUUGCUCAAUAUCGAAAGCGAGCCAGUGCAUAUUUACAAGCCUUGGGUGAGCCAGAUGGAAUCUAAGAGGGAGAGGCUGGGUAGGAAAGCUGUUACUAUGAUGUUUCUUAGAAGACUUACACGGCUGUUUUGCAUUGCUCUGUUAAUUGUUCCAAGGCACCCUUGGCUUCACUGCGUGCAAUUCAUACCAUAUUUUUUCAUCACCUCAGAUGCUGGCUGAAAUAUGUAUAUACAUGUGUAUAUAUAAAUGUAUAUGCAUACACAUAUUUAAAAAAAAACAAAACAUGACAACAACAACUUGCUGGUUAUGUAUUCAUUUAAUUACAGGUAUACCAAAGCAUUUAGCACGGGGUUGGAGGGUUUGUCGAAGUUUUCCUUGCUUUUCUUUGUCGUCUCCCCUUCUUCCCCCCACCAUCCUCUGCCAAGAAAAGAAAGAGAGA